AUGGAGCACCUCACGGCAGAGCAAUGGCGCGAGAUUGUGAACAAAAAGAUGCGCUUCCCCCCGGAGCUCAUCGGCGCCAUUCACGAGGGAAACGUGUCUAUGAUCCGCAGUCUUCUGAAGACCGGUGAUGGCAUCAUCCGCCAGCUGGAAGACUCUGAAGACAGGCAGUGGAGAGAAGCACUGAACCUGUCCAUCCGCCUGGGCAAUGAGGAAGCCAUGGUCACCUUGCUGCAUGGAGUCAAGUUUGAUUUCCGACAGAUCCACGAGGCUCUUUUGGUGGCUGUUGACACUAACCAGCCACGUAUCGUCAAGCGCCUCCUCGACCGUCUCGACCAAGAGAAAGGCAACAAGAUGGAUGUGCACUCUUUCAACCAGGCCAUUUUUGACCACUCUAUCGAUGACUCUCAGUUUGCCCCUGGGGUGACUCCCCUGACAUUGGCCUGCCAGAAGGAUCUAUAUGACAUUGUGACUAUGCUGACACAGAAAGGUCAUGUCAUCCCAUGGCCUCACAAAGUUUCCUGUGCUUGUCUUGAGUGCCGAAAUGGGCGCCAGUAUGACUUGCUCAAGUUCUCACUGUCGCGCAUUAACACCUACCGUGGCCUUGCUAGCCGGGCGUACUUGUCUAUCACUGCUGAAGAUGCCAUGUUGAGUGCUUUUUAUUUAAGCAGGGACCUUCGCAAACUCUCUAAGAGGGAGCCGGAGUUUAAGCCUCAGUACCUUGCGCUCGAGGAGCUGUGUCAGGACUUUGCCGUGGAAUUGCUGGGAAUGUGCCGGAAUCAGAGUGAGGUCACCACCAUUCUCAACAACUGUGGCUUCGACAAUGCCGACACUCAAGAGGAGCUGGAUAAACACUCGUUCGAAAAGGGCAUACCAAACCUGGCCCGUUUACGACUCGCUGUGAACUACAACCAGAAACAGUUUGUAGCCCACCCAAUCUGCCAGCAGGUUCUUUCCUCCAUCUGGUCUGGAAACUUGUCAGGCUGGAGAGGCAGCAGGACGGCCUGGAAACUCCUGGUGUCUGUGGGGAUUUUUCUAACCAUGCCUUUCCUCUGCCUCAUUUACUGGAUUGCACCAAAGUCAAAGGUGGGAAAGAUUUUGAAAAUUCCUGUGAUCAAAUUCAUGCUUCACUCCGCCUCCUACAUGUGGUUCCUCAUCACGUUGCUAGCAGAAUCUCUUAUCAUGGAGAGGUUUCGUGAAGAGUCUACAACCAGGCAACAUGCCAUAUUACACCACUCUGUCCACAUGGUGUGGGUGGCUGGGUUUUUCUGGUUUGAGUGUAAGGAGGUUUGGAUUGAAGGUCUGAGGAGCUACUUCCUGGAUUUGUGGAACUGUCUGGAUGUGAUGGUCCUCAGCAUGUAUCUGGCCUCGUUUGCCCUGCGAGUAGUCAUACUGGUUAAAGGCUACUUUCUGUGCCAAUUACCAGAAAAUUCGACGGAGUGUUACUACUUUACAGAAUCGAAACGUGUAGAGUGGCUUCAGGAGGACCCCGAGCUAAUAGCUGAAGUGCUCUUUGCUGUUACGAGCAUGCUCAGUUUCACACGUUUGGCCUACAUCCUGCCUGCACAAGAGUCUCUGGGAACCCUGCAGAUCUCUAUGGGAAAGAUGAUUGAUGAUAUGAUAAGGUUCUUAUUUAUACUGAUGAUCAUCGGUACUGCCUUUCUGUGUGGCAUCAACAAUAUCUAUGUUUCUUAUGUCGAAUCUCCCUACCUUGGAAGGUUCAAUGAGACCUUCCAGUUCCUGUUCUGGACAAUGUUUGGUGAUGUUAAUAGGGAAUAUGUGGAUAUGCCUGGGUUUGCUUUGGCUGAGUAUGUGGGCAGAAUCCUGUAUGGGCUCUUCACGCUACUGAUCGUCAUUGUGCUGCUUAACAUGUUCGUUGCUAUGAUCACAAACUCUUAUCAGAAGAUUGAGGAUGAUGCGGAUGUGGAGUGGAAAUUUGCUCGCUCCAAACUCUAUCUGAGCUACUUCAGGGAGGGACUCACAAUGCCUGUUCCCUUCAACAUCAUUCCCUCACCAAAAGCCGCCUUCUACUUCAUACGGUCUUUGAUCAGAAAACUCUGCUGCUGCUGCAACUUCAAUUCGACUCCAGAUUAUCCGCCCAUCGACUCUAUGACUAAAGAGACUGAUGACAAAGUGUCAUACAGGAAUCAGGUGAUCCGGGCUUUAGUGCAGCGCUAUAUUGAAUCUGCCAGGAGAGAGUUUGAGGAGACAAAGCGCAAAGAUGUUGGAAACCGGGUCACAGAGCUGAGUAAAGUGGUUGGACAACUGCACAGUGAGAUGAAGCAAAUUCACCAGACGAUGUUCGACAUGGAGCAGAACCGACUGGAUCCUUCAGGACGAAGCACUUCCUCCAUCAUAGGAAAGUACAUCCAGGGCGCCAAAAACAACUUCCGAGACUUUACCAGCGGCUUGCCUUCGGACAACAAAAGUACCCCUUUGCUGACUAACAUCCACCAACCACAAUCUGAAGAUGUAGGUGAUGUGAACAGAGAGGCUGCUGAUGAAGGUAAGAUAGAGGAGGAGGAGGGAGCAGGUGAUGAGAUAAAGGAACAGAAGGCUAACGAUCAGACUGAAGGUAAGGAAGAAGAAGAUGCAGCCAGUGAUGGGAUCAGCGAAGAGAUUAACGAUCAGAGUCUGGUUGAAGAUGAAACGACGAAGAUGGAGGAGGGAAGAGCCAAUGAAGGAAAAGAAGAAUCCCUGACCGGCAGCAGUGGAUCUCAGGAUACUGGCUUUGGUUCUCAAGAAUCAGAACUCUCUGCUAGCAGUCCUGAGUAACUGCACCAAAAUGUCUCCCUGGAUUUAUCCACAAUUAUACUAGCAGCUAGGAACUGUCCUGCUUGCUCCAGAUUAGCCUUAGAAACAUUUCUGUAAUGUUGAAAUUGUA